GCAUAAUGUCGUUUAGUUAAUUACUUAGUGUACGAGCUACGAGUUUAGGUUACAAUUAUUUAUCGCAUGACGUAUAAAGGGCGGGCUUCUAUUCUUCUUCUAUAUACAGGGACGGCGCAAAUGCACUUGCCAACUGUGUGUCUUUAAGCAAACAUAUUUGGCAAACUGGGUGUACCCCUUGCCGUGCAUUCAUGGUAUCCACGCAGAUACACGCUAAAACCACAGAUUUAAGAUGAGUAGCGGGAAUGCCUCCAGGCAGACAGGAUUUGAUCCAAAGACCAUGCCUUCUGCGGUAAUUGUCUCUCUUAGCGUGUUCAAUGCGCUCAAUAGCGUCCUCGGAACACUGGUGAAUUUUGCCGUGUGCGUUGUGAUCUACCAGAACGAGGAAUUACAGAAUGGUCUGGAUUUACUCAUUGGAAACUUGUGCCUGGCUGACUUGGCCGUAUGCGCACUAGCGGAGCCUAUGUAUAUCGGCUUCCUUCACAGUAAACUAAAUGACCAGUCCUCAAAGGCUUUCGAAACCAUUUCUGUUAUCACCCUACACGCUGUAGCGAUUAACCUAGUCGUGAUUGCCAUUAACCGAAUGAACGCCAUCGCUAACCCAUUCAAAAACACCUUCAUCUUCUCAAAAGCGAAGGUCUUAAUGUUGAUUUCGUGCGUCUGGAUUGGUGCUAUCCUAAUGGCGGUAUUUCUUCUGGAGACCCAGGAAGGCAAAGCCUUCUCACCGUACUCCCACCUUCUCCUCAUUCUAACCUUCCUCCUCGCUUACGUAAGAAUAUUCUGGAUAGCCAACAAACAGCAGCGAAAGAUAGACAUUCAGAGAGAGGCUAUCAGCCAUAAUUUUCAGCAAGUGCGCUUGCAGUGUGCGAAUCGCGCAGCUAGGACGACGGCCCUGAUUGUACUAUCUUUCAUGAUUUGCUUCUUCCCAGAUACGGUAUACGACUUUAUCGAAGAUGUGGACGUCAUGAUCGAGCGAAAAAAAUGGCUUUUUUCGUUGUUGUAUUUUAGCUGCCUGUUAAAUCCUUGUAUCUAUAUGUUCCGAACUGAUUCUUUUAAGGCGGCGCUAAAGAGAACUUUGGGGAUCUCGAACUAGAUAAGGAUCCCCCCUCCUAUCAAAAUCAAGACUUAUUUUAUCUAAAGUGACUACUUUACUACAAAAACGAGCGAUGUGUUCGUGAGAAGAACUCAAUGUUGAAUAGGAGGCAAAAUUUCCAAUUGACAAAUUCAGCAAACAUAUUAAGCCUCCCGCAUAGUAAAUAAGGCGCCGCGUUUUAAUUUGUCAUAUUUAUAUUCUCCGCUUCCCCAGUUUUUUUUUUUUUUUUUUUUUUUUUGCAGUUGUUACAUGUUGUAUAAUAAUGUUGCAUUAUAUGCUGUUUUUUUAAGAUCUGGAAUAAUUUAACACCAGCUGUGAGAAUGAGAAAAAAAGAAAGUAUUCAUAUUCAUCCAUUCACUAAAUAUAUAAAGAAAUAAAAUAUAAUAAUUCAUCUUCAUAUAAAAUUCAUUUUUAUUUGAUAAUGAAGUUAAAAAGUAUUUUAUUUUCUAGAAGAGAUUUCCUAUGAUAAUGAGAAGUGUGUGCGAAAGUAAACGAAAAACGAAAUUAAAAAAUAAAUUAUUGUUGUUAUGUAAAUCACAUUAACAUCUUUGGCAGCAUGCUGCCACGGUGAUGUAGAAAUUGUGAAUUAUUAUCUCAUAAAAAAAAAACAGUUUAAAAUGAAAAAAGGACACCCGCAAAUAUAGAGUUGUACCACGUGAUACCGGGCAGAACCUAUGGAAAACAAUUGGUGCCGAAAAAUGCUUUAUUCUUCAUAAAAACCGUAAUUAACAACGUUUGUAUCAACACACUUGUGCUAACAAUGUAAUCUUGCUAACACGGAGUUUUCACAAAUUAUGUUUUACAAAAUGAGGGACCUCUUUUUUUAUUACAAAGCCGCAGAAGAUUUUACUACAAAGUGCGUCAGCAUUUUUUUUUUACCACUUCCCUUAAUUACAAAGUGCGUCAGGUAUUACAGAUCGUAUUUCAAGUACAAUACAAUGUUUCAGACACCCAUGAUUCCAUUUGAGCCCGAGAGAAAUUGAAACAAUUACGUUAAUUACGGCGGUCCCUUCUUUAGAUAAUUUCGUAAUCUCAUCACGCUUUCUUAUAAUUGUUUUAUCUUAUUAUUCUAUUAUUGCGUUUUUUUCUCCCUACAACUAACCCACUUUAACCUCGAUAUAUCGAACUUGCCUCUAAUAAAGUACGCCAUCAAUAUUUCUAAUUUGAAUCCCCGAUAAUUUGAAGUUAUAACAAUUUUUUUACGGAAUUCAGAG